AAGUCUUUUACCCUCCAAGAAAUACAUUCUAAAGAGAGAAUGAUAUCUCUUGUAAAAGAGCUUAGCAAGAAAGGACAAAGGCAUAGAGCUAUUGUUAUCUUACAUCAGUUGAUUGACGAUGCUCAUCAAGAAAAGAGGCAAUUCCUAAGUGGUAAGCUCCAUAAUCUUUCAAAGGCUCUUGCUGUUGAAGAAACAGAGAAUAACUAUAAUAAUGAAGAAGGAUUAGUUGAGGAGACUCAGACUUCAAGGACAUAUGCUGGAAACCAAUGUGAAUUGGUGUCAGCUGUCAAAGUUCAGAAAGAUACACGUUCUUUACAAGAAAAAAGAUGUUGCUGAAGCUUCGAAGCUUGAAGAAAGAUAUAAUUUGAAACCUGGGCUUCCUCAGGAGGAUGGCAAUAUUGACUAUGCAUGUGACUUUUUGGGGAGUCAAGCUUGUCUUACAGUAUCUGGCCAGCUUCAGGUGGAGACAUAUGCUUGUGCUCUUGGAAACGUGUAUACCUUUGGACCAACUUUUCGAGCAGAACACUCCCACAUAUCGCGGCAUUUGGCUGAAUUUUGGAUGGUUGAGCCAGAGAUAGCAUUUGCCAAUCUGGAGGAUGUGGAGAUCGACGUGUUGGAGUGGUUCCAGACUGUGAUGGAGUACGCCAUCACACGGACCGCCUUCAGGAGAAUUUUUGAAGACGGUAAGGUCGUGUUCAAUCUGCAGACUCAGCAGAUGGCCUUUGCGGCAAAAGCUUUCCGUAAUAUAUUCAACCCUGGCUAUAGAUUUUUGACUGAUGCAGGAGGAUUAUCUUUUUACUAGUUUGAUUAACUUUUAGAUUUUUAAAUAUUUAAGGGUUUUUUUUUGGUAUUUAGAGUGUUUUUAGUAAUU